ACCUGAAACCCGAGCAUGCGCCACUACCGCAUCCAAGCGCCGUACAUCGCGCCCGAGCAGUACGAGCGCAUAAGAACGUGCAUUCGCCGGCGCUGCGUGCAAGGGCCAUGGCGAAAGGUCUACGUGCAGCAGCUCCGCGCCAAGCAACAAGCGAAGCUGGCAUCGUCGCCGAGCAAGGCCGCGCCGAGCAGCGACGCCGUCGAGGACGAAGCAGCCAAGCGCGAGAAGGCGGCGCAGAAGGCCAACAGCGCACGACUAGACAAGGAAAAGGAAAUCGAGGCGCUCGAGGCCAAGCUCCAGGAGCUCGUAGACCAAAAGCACGUUCAGUUUAAGCUGCUCAAGGCGAUUCUCAUGGACGAAAAGAUGUCGUCGCGCCUGCCGCCGCAGCCGUAGCAACCCAAUAUAAACGGUGUACGAUAUUACUUGGACCAUGAAUAGAGGCCUGC